AUGCCCGCCUGCUCGUCCCGCGCCGCUGCCGCCCUCGCCUCCGCCGCACCCGCGUACGUCGAGCCGCUCGCUCAUCAUGCGCUGCCGCCUGGGAAGCGCGACCGUCCCUCCGCCGCGCUGUUGCGCUGGCGCUCCUUUGGCUGCCAGAUACGGUCCAGCGCAUUGGCGGCGGGUGACGAUCGCAGCGCGUGCGCGGCGGAACUGCUGCGAUUCCUGGAGGAGGUGAGCGUGGCGAGGUGUGACUAUAAUCAAAUGGGUGAACGAGGGCGGGGACGUAUUCGACUUCCCCUUCUCCGCCCGCCUGCCCUCCCCCCUCCUGCUGCCGCUCUCCCCCGCCUCCUCCCCGUCCCCCUCUCCCCCACCCUCUGCGCCCACCCGGUUCGACCUUCCGCCGUGCCCCAGGUGCGCUCACGCCCCUCAUGCCCCAAUCGUCCCCCAGAGCUUCCUGUCCCUCCCUGCCUCUGCCGCACGUCCACUUGCCUGUCUUCACUGCGCUGCCCUCUGCUCUGCUCCCUCCGUCCUGCCAUGCCCCCUGCCGUGCGCACUGCCUGCAGCCCUGCCGCGGAGCAUGCAAGGGAGGAUGGUGUGGAGGACGAGACACAGGAUGGCGGCGAAGCAGCAACACUAGAUGAGAGUGUGGUGGGGGAGCAACAGGGGACGGAGGGUGGGAAUGGAGGAGGAGGAGGUGAAGGGGAGGGGGAUGAGGAGGAGGAGCGGGAGGAGGAAGGGGAGAGGCGGCGUGCAUGUGAGGUUGAUGCUGAUGUGGGUGGGGGGGACGGGAGGAGCAUUGGAGGAGCUUUGAGUGUUGAUGCUGCUGACGCUGCUGAUGCCGGUGUGAAUGCUGAUGCUCAUGCGCAUGCUGCUUCUGAUGCGGUUUCUGAUGACGAUGAUGGCACAGCUGACGUUGUGUGCAUGGACACGGAUGAAGAUACCUGCACCGCAGCAGACCCCCCUCAACCCCCCCACACCGCCACAAAUGCAACCCCUCCCAGCGCGGGCGCGGGUGAGGAGGAGGAGGAGGGGGCGGGCGAGUGUGUGGUGGUGACGCUGCAGGUGGGGGCGCCCCUGCAGGCCAUGCUGCACUCGCACUCGCACAUGCUCGCCCGCCUGCACUCCACCCUGCCCCCCCACGCCCCGCGCCCCCGCCCCCUCGCCUCCUCCCUCUCAGGCGCCCCCAUCCCCGUUGAGGUCACCCUCCCCGCCAGCCCCCCUGGUGGUUCCGCGCAAGGGGAGCUGGGGGAGGGGAAGCGGGGAGAGGGGAGCGGAGGGGGCGCGGGUGGUAGCAGGGGUGGCAGGGAGGGGGCGCAGGAGGAGAGAGGGCAAGGGGAGGGAGGGGUGGAUGGGUGGCGGUCGGGCAUUGGAGGGAUGGAGCGAGGGAGGAAGAGGGGGAGGGAGGAGGAGGGGGCGGAGGGCGAGAGCAGCAGCCGCAUGUACGAGGUGGGGCGUGCCCACUCACAAGCACACGCGCUGCCUGCUGGGGAGGCGGGUGGCGCGUCAGAAAUCCAAAGGGAGACGGGAGCUGGCACUGGUGGUGCCGGCAGUGGCAAUGGUGGGGGCAGCGGCGGUGGUAGCGGGAGCGGUAGCGGUGGUGGGAGCGGCAGGGGUAGGGCAGGAGGGGGAGGCGGGCAGGGUAGCAGCGAGGGGGGGGGAAGGGCAAGCAGCUUCAGCGGGCAUGAGUGGCAGGCAGGGCAAGUGCAGCAGCGCCACGCGCCUACAGCAUCCAGAGACCCUCUCGGGCUGCUGCUCACACAGCAGCGUGCCCCUCCACCCACCCCCCACCCGCCCCUGUCGCACGUGCCCGUGCCCAUCCCCAUGCCCGACCCCUCCUCUGUGCCCAUCCCCACCGUCUCCUCCUCCUCCGCCCUCGCCGCCUCCCCCUCCGCCCUCGCCCCCUCGCUGCCCUCGCUGCCCUCGCUGCCCUCCCUCGCCUCGCUCUCCUCUCUCCUGCCUGAUGCUCUGGAGGGAGCGCGGACUGACGCGUGGGGGGAAGGGGGCGGGGCUGGGGGGAGUGGCGGGGGCAGGGGAGGAGAGGCCGUGGCAGGGGCAGGGGGAGGAGAGGGCGAGGGGGGCCGUGGGGGAGCGGGAGUGGCUGGGCGGGCAGCAGCAGGCGGGGCAGGGUGGAGUGGGUGGGGCGGCGGGGGAGGAGGGGCGGAUGGGGGUGCAGCGGCAGGGGGGGGCGUGGGGAGGACGGGGGAGGCGGGGGAGUGGGUGGCGAGGCAUGUGUGGGAGGGGAGGCGGGCGGAGGAGGAGGAGGGGCGGAGGCGGGGCGAGCUGGCUGCAGCGGCAGCGAGGGCGCAUGAGGAGUGCGUGCUGGAGGAGGCUGACGGCAUCUGGGUGAGUGGGGGGGCAGUGUCGUCAGUGGGUCAGGGGUCGGCCAACCGUUGCCUGCUCGCUGCAGCUUCCCCUGCUGCCACCACCUCUGCUGCUGCUGCUGCUGGCGGCACUGGCAGCACAGAGGCAGGCAUAGGGGGCGCAUGGAGGGAGAUGGGGAUGGGCGAGGAGGGCGGGGCAGAGAAGGGAGACGCAUGGAGGGUGCGGGCGGGGGGCAGCAGUCAGUGGGACUACGUGUUGCAGGAGAUGGCAUGGCUCGCCCUUGAUUUCCAACAGGAGCGGCUGUGGAAGAGAGCAGCGGCGAGCCACCUAGCCACUUGUGCACAGAGGGUGGGCAGGGAGAGGGCAGAAGGUGCAGGCGAGGGGAGGGCGGGGCAUGAGCCGAUGCAUGGACGAGGAGGGGAGGAGGAGAGGAGAGGGGAGCGAAGUGACGAGGGAAGGGAGGAGGAAAGCAAGGCAGGUUGGAGAAGCUGUGGUGCUGCUAUGGCUCGCCCUCUCUCCUCGGGGCAAGGCCAGCGGACAGCACGCGAUGGUGGCGGGCCGAGGAACCGGAAGCAAGAGGAGGGGGCGUAUGGGGACGUGGAGGGGAAGGGCGCGGGGAGAAAAGCGAGGGUUCAAGUGGAGGUGCCAGGGGGAGAGGCUGGCAGAGGGGCAGCGGAAAAAGGGGCAGAGGGGCGACGGGCGGAGGGGGAAGGGGGCAUGGAGGGAGGGGCAGAGGGUGGAAGCGGCGCAGCAGAGAGAGGGGCGAGUGCACCGGUGACGCCAGAGAGGGAGGAGGGCCGAGGGGCGGACAUGAGCUGCAGUGACUGGUGGUCGUGGGUGGACGAGGUGAGGGGCGCGGUGAAAGAGGGGCGAGGUGAGGGGCGAGGUGAGGGGCGAGGUGAGGGGCGAGGUGAUGAUGGGGUGAUGGCCCGCCUUACCCAUGUACGCCUUUCCACCCCAUGUACGGCUUUUCUGCCCAUGUACCGCCCACGUAUGCCUUUUCUGCCCAUGUACCGCCCACGUAUGCCUUUUCUGCCCAUGUACCGCCCACGUAUGCCUUUUCUGCCCAUGUACCGCCCACAUAUGCCUUUUCUGCCCAUGUACCGCCCAUGUAUGCCUUUUCUGCCCAUGUACCGCCCAUGUAUGCCUUUUCUGCCCAUGUACCGCCCACGUAUGCCUUUUCUGCCCAUGUACUGCCCACGUAUGCCUUUUCUGCCCAUGUACCGCCCACGUAUGCCUUUUCUGCCCAUGUACUGCCUACCUACAUUCCCUUCUCACCACUAUCUGCCCCUCUCGUUUCCUCCUGCUUCCAUUUUCAACCCCCUUUUUCCGCACCCCGUCCCUCUUCCCCCCACUUUACAGGACCACAUGACACUCCCCCCUGCCUCUUCCCCCGACCCCUUCCCCCUCCUCCUCCCUGACUUCCUCCUCUCCCCCUCCCCCUCUCACCCCCUCCCCUCGCUCCACCCGUCCCCCUCUCCCCACCUCUCGUCCCAACCCCAUGCAUCUAUCCCCAUCCACCCUCCCUCCGCCUCACCCCUCCCUGCUGCCACUGCCCCUUUUGCUGCCGGGUCUGCUUCCAUGUUGGAUGUCCCAGUGGGGCUGGGCGGGCGGGCAGGGGUAGCUGUGAAGGAAGAAGGGUAUUUAGGUGGGGGGACAGAGAAAUGGGGAGAGGACAAGGGGAGGGAGGACAUGGGGAGGGCAGGUGGGCAAGAGGUGGUGGGGGGAGUGAGCGGCGCAAGGGAGGGGGAGGAGGGGGUGCUCGAGAGGGCGGUGGCAGUGGGGGUGCAGGGGCAGAAGCAGCAGCAGGGGGGUGUUGGUGCAGUGGGGCACAAGGGGCAGCAGAUAGCGCAGAGGCAGCAGGGGAAGAAGCAGGUGCAGGUGAGGCAGCGACCCCUCACACAGCUGCAGCAGCGCAAAGAGGGCGAAGCAGGGGGAGACGGCUUGUGUGGGGAGAGAGAGGGGGAGGCGGAGGGGUGGGCGGAGGUGAGGAGGAGUGAUGGGGACUCUGGUGAGCCGAGUGCGAUGCUAUUGGCGGGGCAGAAACAAGCAGGGCAGGCAGCAGGGGGUGCAGGGCAGCACGGCGCAAUGGCGGGAGAUGGGGAGACGGGCGGGGUGAGUGUUGCAAGGGUGGGGGGCGAAGGGGCGGGUGCAGGGAUGCAGGGAGUGGGAGCACAGGAUGGGGGGAAGGCGCAGCUGGCUCAGGGCAGUGGUGCAUUGGGGGCAGGGGGUGCAGUUGAGGCGGCACAGCUAGCAGGGAGCGCAGGCCCGGGCAGAGGGGGGUUGGGCAGAGGAGGGUUGGGCAGAGGGCAAGGUAUGAAAGGCGUGGGGGCGAAGGGAGGGGGCGAGGGGCGAGGACGUGGAACAGGGGCAGGGAGGGGGCUGGGUGGGACGAAGGUGGGUGGCAUGGGGAGGGGGGGCAAGGGGAAGCAGCAGGGGGAGGGGCGCGGGCAGAAGGGGAAGGCAUUGGGAGUGGGGGAGAGAGGGGGUGCUAGUGUGGAAGGGGAAGGGGCAAUGCAGCAAUGCGCAUGGGGUGGGAAGCAAGGGCAGGGCGUGGCCGCAAGGGAGGCUGCAGCAGCAGCAGGAGGGGGAGGGGGAGGGGGAGGGAAGGCGGGCAGCAAGGAUGGUGGCAUGUUGGCUGCGUCUCCCUCCGCUGACCGCUCUUCCCAGGACAUGGCGGGUGGCAGAGGCGAGGGAGAGGUGGAGGGGGGCGCGGAGCAGCAAGGCAUGGGUGGUGGGCAGAGGGGGGUGGGAGUUGCGAUUAGUGCUGAUGCGGGAGCAAGCAGUGUGGGUGGUGGGGGUGGGGGUGGGGGUGGGGGUGGGGGUGGGGGUGGGGGUGGGGGUGGGGGUGGUGAGGGAGGCAGUGUGUGCAGCCCAGCAGUGGGAGCAGCGGCGGCAACAACAGCAGCAGGGGAUGCUGCUGCUGUGGCUGGCAAGCAACGCCAGCGCCCAUCUGCUCACCGCAAGCCCAAGGGUCCUCCUGCUUCCCCAAAGGUCACAUGUGCGCCCUCUGCCAGCCCCGCCCUCCCUCCUCGCCUGGCUGCUUCUGCUCCCUCCGACGCCACUGCUGCUGCUGAUGGCGCGGCAUUGGCCACAGCCACUGGCUCUCAGCCUGCUGCGAUAACACCCUCGCUGCACCCCCACACCCAUGUGCUCGCUGGGGCGAGGAAGCAGGGGCAGGCAGAGGGCGGGGAGGGGGGAAGGCUGGAGACGGAUGGUAGAGAUGGGGAGGCAUGGGCGGAAGGCAUGGGGCGGGCCGAUGGCGAGGUGGGCGGCGGGAGGAGGGACGUGGCGGCGGGUGGCAUGGGCAGGGAGGCGAAGAAGAAAGGCAGCAAGCGACAGUCGGUGAGUGGCAGCAGGCAGGGAGACAUUCUAGGAGCGCACGCCCUGCCACCUGCCACCACACCCUCGCAAGUGGAGGCAGCAGGCGCUCUCCCUCUGCCGCCCGCCCAUGGCGAUGUGCUGGGCGGGUCCCCGGGCAGCAUGGACCUCGCUGCUGCACGCGUGCCUGGCAGCGAUGUUGCUGAUGAUGCUGAUGGUGCUGAUGACGCCCUGCCAUGGUCUCCCAUGGAGGAGCAGGUGCUACUGGCAAUGGUGAGCGACCUGGGCACCAACUGGCGCCUUCUUAAUCGCAAUGCCCCCCCUUCCCGCCCCUCCCUCCCCAUGGUGUGCCCUCCCUGGCAGGUGCUACUGGCAGUGGUGAGCGACCUGGGCACCAACUGGCGCCUUGUCACCGAUGUGCUGCUCUCCAUCACGCACCUCACUGGCGUGUAUCGCAGUCCCAGUCAGUGUGAGCGCCGUCACAGCGCCCUCCUCUCCUCGCCCCCUGUCCCCUCCUCUGCGCCCUUAAAGUUGGAGGCACAGGAGUUGAAGCAGCAGGUGCAGCCACACGCCUCUCACCUCCUCGUCCUCUCCAACGUCGCUGCCUCCUCGCCCUCCGCGCCCAUGCCACCCAGCCCCUUGGAUCUCAGCAGCAGCCCCCCGCUCCCACCAGUUGAUGCACCCACGCUCUCUCUCACUACUGCUGCUGCUGCCACAUAUGCUGCCUCGGGAGCCACACUGCCAGCCGCCACCAUUGCAACAGCAGCAGCGGCAGCAGGGGCUGGCAGUGGUGCAGAGGGGGCAAGUGGUGCAGCAGUGGCAUCAGCAGCGUCUGCAAACUAUGUGUCAGCAUCAACCCCACCACAGGCCCACAUGCCCACUCAGUCAAUCGCCUCUCGCACUUCCCUCCCCUCCCUGCCACACUUCCCUUCCUUCUCCACUACACUCCCCCACCCCGCCUUCCAAUCCCCUUCACCUUCUCCCCACACCCCUCCCUUUCCCAGCAGACCCACUCCUCCUCCCACUCUCCCGCUCCCUCACUCCAUGCCCAUUGCCUCCCCGCCCUCUCUCUCCACCACCCCCCCUCCUCCUGUCACGGGACCCAUCCCCCAAGUCCCCCCAGCCCCCAUGCAAGUGUCCUCUGCUGCCACUGCUGCCCCUACCAUGGCCUCACCGACACCUGCUGCAAUGGCUGCCACAAAAACAGGCACUGCCACUGCACACUCUGCUUCUCCCUCCGCCCCUGCUGCCUCCCCCUCCCUCCAUGCAUCUUCCACUCUCCACACUGCCUCUGCUGGAGCCGCUCCCACUGCCACUACUCCGUAUGGUAACCAGACGGCCAUGGGACACAGUAACCAGACGGGCAUGGCACAUGGUAACCAGACGGGCAUGGCACAUGGUAACCAGACGGGCAUGGCACAUGGUAACCAGACGGGCAUGGCACAUGGUAACCAGACGGGCAUGGCACAUGGUAACCAGACGUCCAUGGCACAUGGUAACCAGACGUCCAUGGCACAUGGUAACCAGACGUCCAUGGCACACAGUCAUGGUGGGAGCAUGUCACAAGCCUCUAUGCAUGGCCAUGGCCGCUCAUCUCCUCACGGGGUACCUCAUGGCUAUGCACCUCCACACACCCACCCACAUCCCCAUGCACACUCAUACAGCCAUACAUACACCCAUGCACACACCCAUGCGCACACCCAUGCGCGCACGCAUCCUCACGCCCAUCCUCACGCCCAUCCACACAUGCAUGCCCACAUGCAGCAGUCGGCACUGCCAUUCCCCCAGUCCCCUGCACAUGCGCACCCACAUGCCUCUGCCCUCCCGCCAUCGUCCACACCCCACGCCCCUUCGCCUACAACCGCCCCGCCACAUGGCCCCCCAAGGGCUCCUGCUGCUGGGGGCGUGGCUAAGGGACCGUCAGCGCCCGUGGGGGGCACAGGGGGGCGCAGCGCGGGUGGUGGUGCAGGUCGGGGGGCUGGUGGGAAUGUGCAGGGGGGCAGAGGAAGGGGUGCGGAGGUGGCGGGGAUUGCAUUGCCGGGCAGCAAAGCGACAGUGCCUCUCAGUCAAUGCUUGCCAGGCCUCCCGUCCCUGCCCACUCCUCCCUCUCUCCCCGCCCCUCCCUCUCUCCCCACUGCCACCUCUCUCCCUACCCCCCCAUCACUCCACACAGCACAGACGGUGGGUGCCCUACCUCAUUCUGCUCCCGCCCAUGCUCCUGCCACACUCCCUGCCUCCUCUGCUCCUCCACCCUCUUCCCUGCCCCCGUCUCCCGUUACUGCUGUGCCUUCCGCUGCCACCGUGUGUGCCACUGCUGCCAUGCCUGCCACUGCUGCCCCGGCCACUGCUGCCGUGCCGUCUACUGCUGCCCCGGCCACUGGCAACCGAACUGUGCCAUUGGCCUCUGCUGUCCCCUCCUCCCAGCUGCCUGCUGUCGCCUCCUCCCAGCUGCCUGCUGUCGCCUCCUCCCAGCUGCCUGCUGUCGCCUCCUCCCAGCGGCCUUCUGUCGCCUCCUCCCAGCAGCCUUCUGUCGCCUCCUCCCAGCGGCCUUCUGUCGCCUCCUCCCAGCAGCCUUCUGUCGCCUCCUCCCAGCAGCCUUCUGUCGCCUCCUCCCAGCUGCCUGCUGUCGCCUCCUCCCAGCGGCCUUCUGUCGCCUCCUCCCAGCAGCCUUCUGUCGCCUCCUCCCAGCAGCCUUCUGUCGCCUCCUCCCAGCAGCCUUCUGUCGCCUCCUCCCAGCAGCCUUCUGUCGCCUCCUCCCAGCAGCCUUCUGUCGCCUCCUCCCAGCAGCCUUCUGUCGCCUCCUCCCAGCAGCCUUCUGUCGCCUCCUCCCAGUCACCCCUGGGCCGUGGAAGCAGCGGUCAUGCGGCGAGUGCAGGAGGGGUGGGCAGAGGCAGGGGCGCGCCAGUCACAGGGCGUACCCAACCGCGCGGCUCCCCCAUUAUCAACCGCACUUCCCUCCCCUUCCCCCGCGUGCAUUGCCCCCCUGCGCGCACCCUUAUCCCCUCUCCCCUUAUCUCCCUCAUCUCAUCAUCCCUCCACCUGUUCUCUCAUCGCGACCCCCACCGAACUAACUCCUGCCCGCGUAGCGUCUCCACACCACCCAUCCCUGAAAUGGCGGGUGCUCUUGCCCUGCGCGUCCCCGUGGCGGCGGCAGCCAUGCCGGCCGCCGGCCUGACUCAACCCGCUGUACACUCCCUAAGGCGCGCCGCACUCGUGCCGCUGCGUGUACGUCAAGCCGCCUCACUCGCCGCGCAGCAGCAGGCGAAGCGCGGUGCCGUAGUAGCGCCGCGCAACGUGGCAAUGGCUGAUUCGCUGACGGCGGAGGAGGAGGGCGCGGCGCGUCAGUCGUACCCGGCGGGCGUGCAUCGGUACGAGGCGAUGGUGGUGCUGCGACCCGACCUCACGGAGGACGAACGCGUCGCGCUCACCGAGCGAUACGAAGAGUUUCUCGUGGCGGGCGGCGCACUGGACGUGGAGAUCUUCAACCGCGGCAUGCAGCCUUUGGCGUAUAGCAUAAAGACAAAGAACAUGGGCGGCGUGAUGAGCCGCUACCUGGACGGCAUCUUCUUCCUGUUCAUCUUCGCCGCGCGCUCCGAAGCGCAGGUGAAUCUGCAGCAGCGCCUCAACCGCGACGAUGACGUCAUCCGCUCCACCACCUUCCGCCUCAAGGCGUGA